GGGCAGGCAAGAGCGAGGAGGGGAGGACUAGACAGCGGGCAGCGCAGACGCUCAAAAACCGCAUCAGGCACGACCCCCAACUAGACACCCGAGGGGUGUCAGGUGCCACAAAAGAAGAAAAAAGGGGGCGAGGAGAGGGCGAAAGCGAGCCGAGAUUUGCGGGUAUCAUCAUGGCGCUCAUCCCGUCGCAGGUCCUCCGCGUGGCCAUCCUGCUCUCCUACUUCUCCAUCCUAUGCCACUACAAGGCUCUGGACAUGCCGGCGCACCAGACCUACGGGGGCAGCUGGAAGUUCCUUACCUUCAUCGACCUGGUGAUCCAGGCGGUGUUCUUCGCCCUGUGCGUUUUGAUCGACGUCUCCAGUCUGCUGACCAAAGCCGGCGAAAACCGCGAGCAGGAGCGGCAGCUCAGGAAGCUGAUUGGCCUGAGGGACUGGAUAAUGGCCGUCCUGGCCUUCCCUGUCGGAGCGUUUGUAGUGUUCACCUUCUGGAGUCUGUACCUUUACGACAGAGAGCUGGUCUACCCCAAACUGCUGGACAACUUCAUCCCUCAGUGGCUCAACCAUGGCAUGCACACUACCGUGCUGCCGUUCAUCAUCAUCGAGAUGCGCACCACCCACCAUCGCUACCCCAGCAGGUCUUGCGGCCUGGUGGCCGUCUGCUGCUUCGGCGUGGGCUACAUCCUCUGGUGCCGACGUCCUCGUUCAUUUGGCUUCCGCCACGUGUCUGCCGCUGACCUUCUUUUGUUUGUGCAGGACUUGCUGGGUACAGCAGAUGACGGGCAUGUGGGUGUACCCUGUCCUGGAGCGCAUCACGCCGCUCGCCCGCCUCGUCUUCUUCACGGUGCUCACUGCCGUCAUUUGCAUCUUCUACUUGCUUGGAGAAAUACUUAACAGCUACAUCUGGUAUCAACCGCACCCAGCAAAGAUCAAAUGUGAAUGAUCUUGAGUUGUGAGAGCCAGUGGAGUCACACCUGAGGUCACGUCAAGCUCCGCCCACCCAGACAGCAGGAUUGCAGCGCUGUGACCUUUGAACUCCAUCAACACCAACAAGCCUGAAAAUGGGAAACUGGACGCCCACUUUUGUACUUUUUUUUUUUUUUUAAUCUCACCAAAGCAGUGCGCACACGGAUACGUCAAAACGAAUCUUCUUGAAAGCACACCGAGUCACAUGUCAAGCGAAAGGUCAUAUUCUGUCAUGACGUCCUCGCAUGUUGAUGGACCUCGCCACCAUUUUAUGUGGGAGCCCCUGGAUAAAAGAUGACCGGAACCCAGUCAGAAAUCAAAUGAGAUUCAAACCCAGAACCUUUCGACUGCAAGCCAGCCACUCUACCCACUACUGGAGUGUGUCUCCAACUGACUCUUAUUAAAAGUCCUGAUGAGGCCUUCCCAAAACUCUUGACAUUUUCAUCUUGUGCAGUGCAAAGCCUUGAGGAGACAUUGAACUGUAGAGGGCGCUACUGAGUAUCCAGCACAUUGACCCAGUUGCAUAAUACAGGUUACUUAUUGGAUUAGGUUACAUGACGCCUUUCUUCUUGUGGGGAUGCUUUGGCAAGAUGGUACACAUCCAAACAGGUCAAGUUACAAGUUUGUUUGUUUUUUGCUUGGUGAAGGUAAAAAAAAUCUUAUAGGAUGCUGAAUCUACACAUAACCUCUAUUUAAUGGACCAGGUUCUGACUAAACUACUGUAUUUAACUUGAAUGAUGAGUCACGUCAUCAACUUGAACAAUAAAUCCAUCAAGUUGUUC